CGAGUUCGAAAUAUUUUGUACAAGCUCGACUUUACACUUACAGACAAGAGUGAGGAGUAGGCGGGGAAUAAUCUUGGCACGGACCGUCUUCUCAUCAGUUCUUUAUGCCCCUGUUUGACUGCCUGAAAUAUCUUGGCAGUUUCUAUUUGCAACCUUUCCGCUGAAGAGAUAAUACAAUACAUUUUGAUAAGAAAGCGGAGGUAUAAAAGUUACAAAUUAAGAAAACGGAGAAAGAGGGAGAAAGCUCGGAGAACGAGGAAGGAAAACGGAGGAAAAACAACGUAAUGUCGGAAUGAAAAAACUUCUCCUGCUCCUACUCCCAGUACUAUGUGGAGCAGAAGAUCUAUCGAACUUGAACUGUUCCAAAGAAAUUAGAAAUGUUAGUUUCGAAGCUAGUUCCUUCUACCAAUACUCCGUGGGUCCUCAUCAGGCAAACCUGAGAAACCAGGACGGAGGAGGAGCCUGGUGUCCACAGUCUUUAAUCAUGAAGAACUCCGAUACCGAGGAAUUCCUGGAGCUCGUCCUCGAGGCGGAGUUUCUCAUCACGAGUAUCACAACACAGGGACGGUUUGCUGGAGGGUUGGGUCUAGAGUUUGCGGAGCAUGUUGUUAUCCAGUAUUGGAAACCAGGAUAUCAGAACUUUAUACAAUAUAAGAACAGAAAGGGUGAACAUAUCCUACCUGCAAACACGGAUACAGAUACACAGGUGGAUAUCCAGAUAGAAACUCCGUUUGUUGCCUCAAAGGUUCGAGUCCUUCCCUUUAGUUUUCAUUCUAGAACAGUCUGUAUGAGAGUUGGUCUCAAGGGUUGUGAAUAUAAAGAGCAGAGCGUAAAGGCAGUGAGAGAAGAAGAAGGGUGGAGAAGGAAACCUGAUAGUGUUGAACCUAAAGAGCAGUUGGACAACAUAGCCCGGAGAAAGCUAGCUUACGAUCAUCACGACGAUGAGCUGGAUUCAAACUAUCUCGGAAUAGCAGUCGGAGCUCUUGUCUCAGUUAUAUUCAUCCUGAUCAGUAUCAUCCUCUUCAUCCUCUACAAGAACUAUACUGUCUCCAGGGACGAGGAUGAGAUAGAUAUAGAACCAGAAGGAUCCUGGAGUAAGGUUUACCGAACCUACGGAGAUAAAUCUCUCAGAUACUCUCCCCCUACCAGCGAAGGUAACAACACAGAUUCUGUCGGAGAGUACGGUUCUCCAUUCUUCUCCGGGUAUACACAGGAUAGGAACCAGAGAUACACAGGAACCAUCUUCUCUCAGGAGUCUACCUCAACCAAUAGAUCUCAUCUAUACAAUGAUAGGAUCUACUAUCCCAUAGGAUCCCAGGAUACUGAGUACACAACCCUUGAACUUGUCUCAACCAAACAAAACAAUACAAUCUCUGAUCCUAAAAUUUCCGCAACGAACCCAUCUUAUUUAUAAUUUAAUGGAACUGAAUCUGCAUUUUAUUCUAUGUAUAUUUUACUUUAUUUAUAUUUUAUUGCUUUAUUUCAAAGAGUUUUAAUUCCAAGGCCCUGCACCAAACCUUUCUUUUUAUUGGUUGAACCAGGGUUUAUAUUUUAUAAUUAACGUUUUAUUAUCUUUUCAUUGCUUCCAGGAGCUGAAACUUUAUACCUGGAUAUUUCUAGAAAAUAUUAUUUAUUCUAACUCCUUUGAUCGUGUAUUGUAUGAACUCUUAUUGCUAAAGAGGGCAUUUUUUAAUUCUCAAUAUUUUAUGAAUUUCCCAACUUGGAUUUAAAGAAUAGUCCGCGGUAUUCUUGGCGGUGUGCGCUUUCGACAUUUUCAAUUGAAAGAAUUGGACAAGUAUAUUUCAGAUAUUUGAAUAGAUAAAGCCAGAGACAAGAGUAGAAUCUUAAACUCUGUGUUUUAUUCAAUUCCCUUCAAUAUCUCACACUUGCAAAGGGAAAACCGAAGUAGAGUGAGAAAGGAAAUAAAAAUGUAAAUUUACAAAAUUACAAAAAGUUAAAAUUGCAUUUAUUCAAAGGAAAGCUACAUUCGCUCAAAAACAAUUUAAAAUAAAUAUUUACCCGUGUUUAUAAACCAGUUUCCGAAUUUAAUAAAUUUAAGCCGC